AUGAAGUUUGUUGUUGUCUGCCUUUUGCUUGCAAUCGUUUUUGCUAAACCUGGAGAGAUUACCUGGAAAGUUUGCGACGACGGAUAUUACCACGGUCAAAUAUCCAAAGUUGCGAUUAUCAACAACCCUGUUAUUCCUGGUCAAAACACCACUGUGAUUGGCUUUGGUUCUUUGGACAAAACUGUUACUAGUGGAAAAUGGAGUUUGACUGGAUCUUUUAUGGGCCUCCCUGUGCUCUAUAAGUCAGGUGAUCUCUGCAGUAAUAGUGUUGUUGAUCUGCCUUUCCGUACUGGAAGCAUUUAUAUCAAUGGUUUGAAUUGCCCCACUCCUGCGGGUAGUGUCCAAGUUGAACAGAAGGCGAUCUUCUACCAGAGUCCCCCUUCUGGAAAGUAUACCAUCCGAUGCAAGAUGCAUGACCAGGAUGAUGAGCCCAUCUUGUGUCUUGAUAUCACGAUUCCGAUGUAG